AUAUACAACAUUAUUCAAUCAACCCAAAACCCUAAUUUUGCAGCUCAAUAAAAAGCCUUAACUUGAUUAUCAGAUCAGUUCGUGAGCUCAUCGGCCUUAGGUGACUUUGCUCAUUUUGAACACAAAAAUGUUGUCUGCGAGAAAACAAAGCGAGGAUGAAGGAGAUGGAGGUGUUGGGUAUGCCUCAGCACAAAAACGCAUCAAAAUUGAAAAUGCUUCUCGAGAUAACGUGAAGAAAAGUUCCAACAAGAGACUGAAAGACGCUGAAAUUUGUGUUCCAAUAGUCUAUGGAACAAUGGCAUUUUGGCUUGGUAGAAAGGCCAGCGAGUAUCAGUCGCAUAAAUGGACGGUCUAUGUGCGUGGGGCUUCAAAUGAGGAUCUGGGAGCAGUGAUUAAACGAGUUGAAUUUCAAUUGCAUCCCAGUUUUAGUAAUCCUCUUAGAGUGGUCGAAUCACCCCCAUUCGAGUUAUCGGAAUGUGGUUGGGGUGAAUUUGAAAUAGCUAUUUCCCUUUUUUUCCAAAGUGAUGUUUGUGAUAAGAAGUUGGCCUUGUACCACCAUUUGAAGUUGUACUCUGAAGAGGAAUCUGGUCCUUCGUCAACCAAGAAACCUGUUGUCGUCGAAUCUUAUGAUGAGAUUGUUUUUCCUGACCCCUCAGAGGUUUUCUUUGCUCGUGUACAGAAUCAUCCAGUUGUAUCUGUGCCAAGGAUUCCUGCUACUUUUGACUUGCCUCUUGUGCCAAUAGAAGAUGUGCAUGAAAAGAAGAGAGGUGAUACCAAAGAUCAUUUUCUUAGUCAGUGGUUCAUGAAUUUCUCAGAUGCGGAUGAACUAUUAAAACUAGCUGCAGUUCGUCAGCAGGUGCAAGCUUAUAUUGUUAAGCUGAGAAGCCAAUUGAGCCUGAUUAAGGGGCUGCCUCAGCCAAUGAAACCAGCACGUGGUUAUUGAAUGUACAUGAUUAUGCCCAAGUUUUUGCAGUUUAUGCAUCAGUUGGUUUGUAAAGGACAACCGACCUGGAUAGUGAAAUAUUAUUAGCUCAGUUCUAGAAAUACUGGCUCAUUUUCCUUUUUGCUUCCUUUCUGUUUAUACAUAACCUUCUCUCUCUCUCUCUCUCUCUCUCUCUCUCUCUCAUGAUUGAAGAUUGUAUCUAAAAUUUGCAAUUAGUUGUUGCAUUGAUUGACUAGAAGAAUAUUUCUAUCUGUAAUUGGUCUCUAAUUGCCUGGCUGCAAAAAAAAUAAGGCAAAUUUAAGUUUUCUUCUUGGUGUAAUCAUUUGUUCAAAAUGGAUACUUGAAAUGAAGGUGAAUGAUGUUAUUUCUGUUGCUAAUUUCUUGCUUAGUAUUUCUAUGUUUCUUGGUGCAGUGAGUCAAAACUGCACUGAUACUGUGGGGAAUAUCUUCAGAGAAUCUUUGAGUUCUGGCAUUAAUUGAACUUUGGCCUGAAAAACCUGAAAUAAUAGAAGGUUAAGCCAUGCAGCUUGUGGCAUUAGCAUGGAAAUUAACACGGCAACAUGCCUAUUUAUCAUUCUUUGGCAAUUAGCUCAAUUUGAUCUGAUUUCAUUAUCUUUGCAAGUUAAUCAUUUUCAGCAAAUGUACUGCAAAAUCUAUGUAGGAUUUAUUGAGGAAAUCAUAAUCAUCUCUGUCCACUCUCUGCAACUUGGAUUAUAAAAGGUACGGUCAGCCCUAAGUUACCAAUUUAUGUUAUGAUUUUGCUUUUUGUUUUUAUUUUUAUCUGUAGCUUCUGUUUCUGAAAUUAUGCCGUUCUCUCCAACUGACACAUGUGGUUUUUUGUCAAAUUUUUGGAUUCUUAAUUUUGUGUAUCCAUCCAGAGGGGUCUCUGAAAAGUAUUGAUGACGCUCUAAUAUUCUAGCAUUCAAAUGUUCUCAAGUUACCAACAACUUUUGUUAUGAUUUUAUGGUCCCAUAUUGCUUUACGUCUUUGAAAAAUAAUAUGCUAAUAAUAUCAUUAUAAAUUUCCAGAUUUCUGAAGUUUUGUGUUCUCUCCAACAGAUAGGUAUGGUUUUGUAGUCAAAAUGACAUUGUCUUGUUAUUUUGUGUAUCCAUCCAAAAAAGUUUCUCUGAAAAGGAUUGAUUGGAAGAGGCUCUAAUACUCUAGUAUUGAAAAGUUCUUUGGAGAAAGUCAUUAGAUUAUCAAAAAUUUGAAUCUAAUUUGUUGGAAUUAAGCCAGUAUCUCUUGUGGUUUGAUUUACAUUUAUUCUCUUGGUUUAAAGCGUUUGAUUUCUUGUAAGGGUGAUUCACUCAUUUUAGGAAUAUGAAUAAAUGACAGUAGGGGAGGUUGUUGAUGAAAUGAAAUAAUUGUGAAAUUUCUUGCAUGCGAUGCAUCCCAUGGUACUUUUGUCUUUAAGUUGCAAUAAUUGAACCUGCACAUGUAGCUUAGUUUCAGCGAGUUGCAUGAUGAACUGUGAAUGCAGACAUCCCAGGUUUGACUCUCACUAGCGGCAAAUCUCCGGAUUAAUGAUUUGUGGGUGAUUGCAUAUAUCCGAUGGGAGUAGUCUCACCUUUGUUACCCUGAGCUACAAGUAGGGACAGUGGACACCCGUCAUUAACAAAAAAAAAAAAAAGUUGCAGUAAUUUGUAUAGUGCCUUACUUCAUCUUCAAUUUCAAUAGUUAUGCAUGAAUGCUUGAAUGUAUUGUUGGUUCCGUGCAAGCUCAAUAUAUAUUCUACUGCAGUGCAGCAUAGUUAUUGUUAUACAUUAUCUUGGUGCAGACUUGCAUCCUCUUGCAACAAAUUUCGUGAAAAAUAGGCACCUUCACAUGUCUUAGGAUUUUGUGUUGAAAGUAUAUAAUGGGGUUUAUGUGGGAUCUUCAAUAUGACAUUCUCAUCUGUUGAAGUUACAAUGAUCUCUCUCGUCAUAUCUUUCACUUGAGUAUUGAAUCCUUAUCUUUUUCUUCCUUUUUUUUUUAUUAAAUUUUAUUUACCCCAUUUUCUGUAUUUCUCUUUUCGGUUGAGGUUUGAAUCCUUAUCUAGAAUCUACAAAUUUUCCACGGAAGGCCAACCUUUGUGCAUUCAUUUUCUACUUUUAACAGAUGGAGGCUGCAAUAUAGUCAACUAGUGGCUCUUUUCAAUUUCUUUGCCAAAGCUAGUUGUAUGUUGUUGUACUAGGAGUUACACCUUUGCUGCUUAAGUUUUUCAAAUAUGCUACAUGGUUUUGGAACAGUUAGGUUAAGGUCCCAUGAGCGCAUUCCAAAACUCCCAUUUUAGGACUUACAAUUUUCAAGCUUUCUAGAAGUAGAAGGGAGUUCAGAAAACUACCAAAGCUAGAAAUCUCCUCCACAUAUUUAGCAUGUUGAGGAAAAAUGAUUUAGUACCGGUUCUUCUUACAAUUAAGGCUGCAAACAAGUUGAGCCGAGCCAAGUAGUAGCUUGUUCAACUUGAAAACUUGAUGAGUUUCAAAAUGUGUUGUAAGUCUAGCUUGCUUAUAUAACGAGUCGAACACAAGUUGAGCUCGUGUAGCUUGUUUUGCAACCCUACUCAUAGCUUAUGUGAGUCCAUUUGUGGGUUUCACAUGUUGGUUCCACUGAUUGUUUAGUACACCACUAUAAUAUGUCAAUUACACAAUUACAAAUUACUAUGGAGUAAAUCUCAAACACUUAUUUAUUUAUUCAUUACUAUACAUAAAAGCACUGGGACUUGCAUUAGUAAAUACACGACGGACCUACACCUGCCCGAGUAUUGUGCAAUAUAGGAUGCCCAUAAAAGAUUCCCAGUAAGUUUUUCAGUGCUUUGAGAUGUCUAGUUUGGCAAGCUAAAGCUGACUCUUGCAGUUGGAAAUGAUCAUGUAAGUCUUUUAUUUUUGUCAUUUUUUCACAGGGACUGGUGGUUGAAGAGGGAAGACAAGAGUAACAUGGGCAUCACAUGCUCUGGUUGAAAGACAAAUUAAGGUCAGCAACCUCAACUGAAAACGACUUUUGUUGAUUACAGUAAUGAUAGAUAGGGCUAUCCACAAUUUAGUACCUUUCUCAUUCACAGAACAUGGGUAGAGCAGCUGACUCUAGAAAAAUACCAUCCAUCACCUGUUUUUUUUUUUUUUUUUUUCACAUGCUGCCAUUAAUCUUGUCUGCUCCCCUUCAAUUGUCAUUUUUGUUUGGCAAAGAAGGCUAGACUAUUUGUUUGAAUGGCUCAAGUGAUUGGUCCCUUGUGAAGUCUAAAAAAAAUGGGGACAAAACUAUGAUCAAACUAGUCAAGUCAGCUGAGCUGAGUUUGACUCGGUCUUUUAGAGAGAGUAUUUUUGUGUAAUAGGUUCAUUAUGAGACUUUCAUAUAAAGCUCGCAAGUAGGACGGUGUACUUAUUACAUGAAAUAUUUUCUCACUUUUUUUGUUUCUUGUUUUUUGGGCAAUGGGAGGGCUUGAAAGCAGGUAUGUUGGUUAUGGUAAGUUGAAAAUGACAUAAGUGAAGAGGGGGGAGACAGAGGGAGUGGACUAUAGUUUUGGAGGCUAGCUCUCUCCUUGGUUGGCUCUACAACUUGGUAAGUUGGUGUCAUCAUAGCAGAGACCAAGAUUGCACUAGUAGUUGUGGGUUGCUGCUCAUUUUUAGUAGGAAUUAAUGUCUUCUUCUGUCUGCCCUGUUUCUGAUCUCUGUGGUUUUUGGCUUCUAGCUAGGCUUGGCCACAUGGGACAUCAUUUUAUGUCGAAACAUUCAUCUUAUGAGUGAUCACUUAUCCAAUUUUCUGUAAAUACUAUAGACAUUUAUUAAAUUAUGUGAUUAAAAAAAACCUUGGUUCCAUCAA